AUGCAUACACUAGCUUGUCCAUCUGAGCGACCACAGGAGCUGAUGCCAAGAUAACGGCAUUGCCACUGUCGUAGACUGCCGCCGUUGUUGCUGCUCCUCUGAGCUCUCUCGCGCCACUGCGCUUUGCUACGGACACCGCAUUCACGGAGUCGAUCGGCGCACUCCUCCUGCGGCGGUAACGUUGUAGUGCCCAAGCAAAGGAUGGAGAGGACGCCGAGGACCGAUAUGGCAAGGUUAAAGAUGAAGGUGAUGAGGAUGAUGGCUCUGAAGACAGUGUAGGUUUUACCUGGCUCAUAAUAAGGCCGCUAGUGGCGGACAAGCUGAGGCAUGGGCCAGAAGGUGCUCUACUGCUCAACUGAUAGCAAGGUACCCCUUUUCUUACAGCAAUGCUGAUCUCAUACGACGUAGUGUUUGCAACACCUUCCAGAAGAGACGGAGCGAAACUAAAUCCGAGGCGUAUACAGACUCGACUCACGAUGUUUGCGCCGUUGUGGGGGUGUAUAUGCAUGGGUCGUUCCCUCUCAAAGGUGGCCUGCGAAGUUUCGCCUUCUACCUCGGCGCAACAUCUCCAACGCCGCCUACCAAGUGCCGCGACAGAGUCAGGUAUCGCGGACAACUCUUGGAGUACAUCGCACAACCACAAGCGUUCUUUCUGAAGGCGUUCUUCAUCAUCGUCACGACCUGCCAUGCCAUCGUCAUCCUACUGUUGCAUCACGCCCAGCCCGACACCACGUCGCGUCUCUUCCCCCUGCUCUGCGCGAAUCCCUCGCCGUCGUGAACUUCGUCCCCGCGACGUACCAGCGCGUGGGAGGAGUACAUGCGCAGGGUCCCCUGGUGCAUUCCUCUGCAUGCAGCCUUGGUCGGGCUGGCCUCGUGAGCGGGAU